AUGGACAUGCUGGAGGACCUUGAGAGCCUGCAGUUUGAGUACGAGAUUCCAGAGGAAGACCGUACCUGGCUGUUUUUACAGGGUCGUUCUCGGGGGCUCAUGAUAGAGGCCUGUGCCCAUGCAACCUUCUUCUGCAAGCUAUUCCAUAAUUUGAGACAAUCAUCUCAUGGGAAUCAGAUUUCUGGACGUGUCUCAACUGGAUCUGUUACCUAUGAGAAGUUCAAUGUGGGUAUCAUUGGGGGUGGCCAUCUUGGGAAGCAGCUGGCUCAUGUAUUGCUUCAGCUUGUCCCCAUCCCAACCGAGAGCCUGCGGAUCUCCACGCGGAGGCCAGAGGUCUUAGAUGAACUCCAGAAACUGGGGAUCCAGUGCUUUUACCAAAAUGCUUACCUGGUAAAUUGGGCCAACGUGGUAUUCCUCUGCUGCCUGCCAUCUCAGCUGCCUAACAUCUGUGUGGAAAUUCAGAACAGCCUUGACAAAGCCUGCAUUGUGUACAGCUUUGUAGCUGCCGUCCCUGUACCCAGGUUGAAGUUACUGCUGAACCACACCAAUAUCCUGCGGCCUCAGUAUCAGUGUGAUGAUACAUUUGUAAACAUCUGGGGAGCCAAUAAGGAAAUCACAGCUGCUCUACAAGAUCCUGCGAUUCUCCAGGCUACCUGCCCCUACAGUACUGCUGGGGGAAUAACCCUCAAUAUCAAGUGGUUGGAGGGAGUAUUGUAUGCCGCCCUGAACAUCUGCACAGCAAUGGAAAUGUCCCACUCAAGUGUGCUGCAGCUUCUCAGUGACCGGCUUCUCUCUGUGCACUUUGAAGAUUGUGGGAAAGACCAAGCAUCUUGCCCCAAAUUUCAACUAACAGAUUUUGUCAGCAAAAUAUAUGCCAAGAACCUGCCACAGAAAGGGCCUUUCCCUUGGUUUGAUCUGUCUGCUGUGCAACUCAAGGAGACUCCCUUCAGCCAGCAUCUUUCAAAGACCACUGCUCUCCAGGACCACCUUACCCACUUUUACUGUCACUCGUUUGGCAUCUCCCAACCCAAAGAAGACCAGCCAGUGGUUUCUACUAGCUCUCCAGCCCAAUAA